UAAUAUAUAUUUUUAUUGUUUAUUAUUUUUGCAAAGUUCAUUGCUUUAUUGGAAAUUGGCAGGUUUUUCUUUCUUUCUUUGUACUUCUUGUCGUGUAAAUUUGGUAUUCUUUUGACAUCGAGGAGCAAUCUGUGGGCCUUACCUUAAUUGUUCACCUUCCUUUCCUUUUCUUUUGGUUAUUACUAUUAAUCUGAAGAUGGCUUCCAUGUGUUUUGAAUUUCAAGGAUGCAUCAUUUUAGUUCCGUGAGACCUUUCUUCGUUUUCUUUGGAAUGACCUGUAGUAAUUUUCUGCACCCGAUUUGCUUUGUAAUUUAUUAUUAUUGUUUUGAGUUUGUUCUUCUAGGUAGAAUUGGGAACUUAAGAUGCAAUUGGAUCAGAUUUUGAGUUGGUGUUAACCAUGUCACGUUUAGAUUGAAUCUGACUUGAGCCAUUAGUUUAUACCACCGAAGUUCCUCCUCUUGUCUCGUUCCAGGAACCCACUGAAGUCAAUACUACUGUGAAAUUAGGAAUGAACUGUCCUCCAUGACGUAUCAUCUGUUCCUCCACUAAUAUUAUGCUAUCUUCUUACAUCAUUUUCUCCUUUUUAUGUGGAGAUUGGUCAGAGUGGGGGGAGGGGGAGGUAGAUCUAGAAAGUUUUGACAUUUUGGUCUUAUUUGUGGGCAAUAUAGACCCAUAGAAAGACCCAUGGAAUACAUCAGUUUGCAGGAUAAUUUCGUUCUUGAGCUUCUCAUCGGUAUCUUUUUGUAAAAGUGGGAUUAGUCUAAUCCGUUGCCUGCUUCUUCUUGAAUGAACUGGGAUUAGGAAAGGAAGGACUAAUGUCAGACCUAUCCAUGAAUGGAGAAACUUCUAGUGACACCAGAGCGGUUUGCUCCACUGCUAUGAGGACUGGAAGCCUUCUUUCCAGUCAUGUCAGAUUUUGCUCAUCAGUGGAUGACAUUUUUGCCCGUCUGUUGACCUUGACUACUUCUGUAAGGGGUCGGUUCAUUCAUUUUAUUGAGGAACUUGUCUAUAGAGAUAUCAACAGAUGCUCUGAAGAUUUAAUGGAUCCUUCUUCUGGACAACAUUCAAGAUGUUCAAGUUGCACCAACUGUAGAAUUGUCUCUGAUGGUUGUUCGUCUUCUUCAGGACCUUACAACACUAGUACCAGUGUUGGAAUCCCUGAAAAAAGGGCAUCAGAUCUCAAGAUAAGGUUGAUGCUCCCAUUAUUUGGUUUUAGACUUGCCUGGAGGCUAGCACUUUCUUCUUGGAAAUUUUCUUUCUGCUUUAUCAGAUGCACCCAAGUUAAAGUUCGCAGUGUCAUCUCUCGAGUUAGGAAAACUUUGCAUGGUUCUUCAGAUGAUAUUGGAUGGUUGCAACACACUCCUGGAAUGGCUCCUGUGGAGGAUGGUUCUGCUAGGUUCCUAGAACUGUUGCAUCAUGUAAGGAAUGGAAAUCACAAUCUCCCAGACUCGUUUGUGUAUCUUCUGAUUCCAGGGCUUUUUAGCAAUCAUGGUCCCUUGUAUUUUGUCGGCACCAAGAGAUUUUUCUCCAAGAUGGGUCUAGCAUGCCAUAUUGCAAAAAUCCACAGUGAGGCGUCUGUGGAGCAUAAUGCCUGGGAACUGAAGCUAUAUAUUGAAGAGCUGUACUGGGGGUCCGGCAAACGUGUAAUGCUGCUUGGGCACAGCAAAGGUGGAGUUGAUGCUGCUGCUGCAUUGUCAAUUUACUGGGGUGAUUUAAAGGACAAAGUUGCCGGCUUGGCACUAGUCCAGAGCCCAUACGGUGGCACGCCUUUAGCUUCUGAUAUUCUUCGUGAAGGCCAGGUUGCCGACAAAGAAACCAGGAGGAUCAUGGAACUUAUAAUAUGCAAGCUAAUUAAGGGCGACAUACGGGCCCUGGAGGACUUGACGUACGAGAAGCGAAAGGAGUUCAUAAUGAAGAACAAGCUUCCCGAGGACAUCCCUAUUGUCUCCUUCCAUUCUGAAGCCAGCUUCGGGCCAGAGGUGCUAGCCACAAUGUCGCAUAUAGCGCACGCAGAGCUCCCAUGCAUCCCUUUCCCGAGCCUCCGCAGGCAAGCGGGGCACAGCGUGCCCGUGGUGGUUCCUGUCUCUGCUGCCCUCGCCGUGUGCGCGCUCCACCUGAGGCUCAGGUAUGGCGAGAAGAGCGACGGGUUGGUGACGUGUCGCGAUGCCGAAGUCCCGGGGUCGGUCGUUGUCCGGCCGGACCGGAAGCUUGAUCACAGCUGGAUGGUAUACUCCCCAUGGAAGAAGGAUGGAGAUGAAGCUGAUGCUUGUGAAAUGUGUGAGGCUGUGUUGAGUCUGCUUGUAGAGCUUGGCAAGGCUAAAGCAGCUGGCCACAUUGUAUAGCUGCUACUGCUAGUGCUACCUAUCUUUAACAUUAACCAACCACAAUCAUCUGUUUCAAAUUUCUAUUACAGAAUGAUUGAUUUAUUGAUGAAUAUUCUUCCAACUCGACCUGGUAGGAAAUGAGCUAUUUAAAAUACCCACUGUGUAAAGAUAGCAUGAUGAGAAAAUGGAGUUGGCCAAAUUCA